GUUCUACGCCGCUGCUGCGCUGUCGAGAGCUGCAACGCUGCUGGUCGGGAGCAGAAAAAARAUGUUCCGUUCGUCUAGGAUUAGGCAUAUUAUACCCGUGGUUAUUGACAACGAUUGACAUGUGGAUACUAUUGACACGAUAAUAACAUCAUCGUUGACAACCUGCUUAAACAUGUACCACUCAGACCACAGAGUCAAUUUCCCUGACCUCUCCUUCAGCAUUCCAGGCCCUGGAGCCUUGGGUCUAGCAUCUAACCACUGAACCAACUCCCUGUCCGAUACCCCUCCACAUAUCCUAUACCCACACCCCAGCACCCACACAACCUUUCCCCCUGCACCUUGUCUGAAAAACCCUACACACGGGUACACCCAGGGACCAUGGACAGCCCCCCCAAGCUGUCUGGUGAGACCCUGAUCGUUCACCACAUCCCCCUGGUACACUGUCAGGUGACUGGGGGCCGGCAGGGCUGUGGGUCCCUGAAGAGAUCAAACCCUUUCAGCUACCCAGAAACCCUGGGCUUGAGCCGCACAACCUCCCUUCCUGAGCAGGAUGUUCUCCAGAGGGAAGCCCUGGUGUACAGCAGCCUCAUCCAGACCUCCACAGGAGGAGGAGGAGGAGGAGGAGGAGGAGAGGGAGAGGGAGGAGGAGGAGGGAGAGGAGGCAGCACGGGGAGCGAUGAUUCGUCGGUGACGUCCAGUAACUGCGAGGACCAGGUGAUGGUGAUGGUGGCCCACACUAUGCCCAGGGUGAAGCCAAGGGAACAGGUCAACAACCCACUCCGGCUCCGUCACAACCCUUUUCUGCUCAACACGGAGGAGGAUGAUGAUGAUGAGGAUGAGGAAGAUGAGGAAGAUGAUGGUGAUAACCUGAAUGGUUACUUGGAAGACUCCUCCUUUCAUCUCCAUGGCAAUACAAACUCCGCCCUGGACGAGGAGGGAGACGGGAUUGCACCCUUUCACCUCCACGACCUGGGGUCCACCACACACAAGCCCUUCCUGUUGCACAGCACCCUGGGUAAGCACUCUUGGGGCUGCUCAGGGAGGCUGGACUCCCUUAGGGGCGUGUCCUCUGAUCUCUCCACCCACCUGGAGGGCCUGGACCUGCUGGGAUUGGACAGUCCACGUCGCCACGGCAGCAGUGGCUCCACCCURUCCAUGGACUGCGGAGAGCAGGAGUGGGGUGAGGAUGAGGAGGAGGAAGAGGAUCACCCAAUGAGGGGUGGGGGACGGGGCAGUAGCCAAGCUGACUCCUCCUCUGGCUCUGGCYCCGCCCACCAGCGCUGCUCCUGCUGCGGCCUCUCCCAGACAUAUCUUGAACACUUCCCGGAACCAUUUUCCGAGUCGUCGGAACGCCAGCUGGGCUACGCCAGCGACUCUUCCUGUAACAGCUCAGAUGGCGUGCUGGUUAACUUCAGCGCCAUCUAUAAUAACAUGAACAACAGCGUCCCGGCAACCUCUACCAAGCCGCCACCGCUGGCCACCACGACCACCAACCUCAACAGCUCCACCGACCAAUCUUGCACCUCCUCUGUCUGCAUCUGCUCAGUGCUGGAUGAGGAGGCAGGGAGCCGAAGAGGCUCCGGAGGUGGGGGGGCUUUCUACCUAGACCUCCACACCUCCCCCACCGYACCCCCCCACCUCCACUCUCAACAACCCCCCUGCCCCUCCAACAACACCCUGCCGUUACUCAUCGAACCACACUCUCACCCUCACCCCACCACCUCCUCCUGCACCUGCUCAGCUGAACACCAGGGGGCUCUAGACCUGGACGCCAACUGCAACUCCUAUCACCCCCCCCACUCCGACUCAGGAAGUGACCUCAUGUCCUGUCUGCAGAGCCAGGCGCGUCUGGUGGUAACCACCCAGAACUACUACAAGCUGGUGACCUGUGACCUUUCGUCUCCGUCGCCCCCGAGCCCUGCGGGAAGCUCCGCGUCGGUUACCAGCUGCUCUGACGAGCACAGCAAGGAUAGCCCUGCCCCUGACACACCCACCGCCACCCAGCCAACCGAAUACUACCUGUUCAGCCGGCCACCGGAGGGAGAGGAGGAGGAGGAAGAGGAGGAGGAGGAGGAGGAGAAGGAGGAGGGUGGAGAGUCAUCACAGUGUGAUGAAGAUGAGGAAGAACAUGAUGACGACGAGCAGGACGYGAAGAAGAGGAAGCAGCAGCAGCAGAUGGGUGGAGCCUGUUCAGACCCAAUCAUUGAGGGCCAGGUGUACGUCAACAUCUCCCCUCCUGUGGUUGGCCGAGGACCCAUCGGAGGUGGGCCCAGCCGCCCCCGUUCCCGUAGCUACGACCGGAACCUGGACAUGUCCCCGCCCCCUCGGCUCGGCUCAUUGGAGCGCAUGUUGAGCUGCCCUGUCCGUCUCAGUGAGGGCACCGCCCCCCUGCCGUCCCCUCUGCCGCGGGUCACUUCCUUUGCAGAGAUCGCUAAGAGCAAGAGGAAAAAAUGGAGGAAGCUCUCCUUCUCUCAGGAUGGCGGGAUGUACAGAUCCCUUCUCCUCCACCCACUCGGCCCACUCCUCGGCGACUUCUCACCCAUCCUGGAGGGCCUGGGUCAGGUCCGAGCCACAGCCACAGUUUGCCCUUCCAGCGCUGCUACAGCCAGGGCAGUGUGUCAGCUGCUCAUGGUGUACAGUCAGCUGCUCCGUGUGUACAGUAAGCUGCUCCGUGUGUUCAGUCAGCUGCUCCAUGUGUUCAGUCAGCUCCUCAUGUGUACAGUCAGCUGCUCCAUGUGUACACUGCUCCAUGUGUUCAGUCAGCUCUCCAUGUGUACAGUCAGCUGUCAUGUGUCCAGUCAGCUGCUCAGUGUCGUCAGCUCUCCUGUGUACAGUCAGCUGCUCCAUGUGUUCAGUCAGCUGCUCAUGUGUAUCAGUCUGCUCCAUGUUCAGCUGCUCCAUGUGUUCAGUCAGCUGCUCCAUGUGUUCAGUCAGCUGCUCCAUGUGUACAGUCAGCCUCUGUUCGUCAGCUGCUCUCCAUGUGUCAGUGCUCUCCAUGUGUUAGUCAGCUGCUCCAUGUGUGGUCUCUCCAGCUCUUCAUCCAGCUCAGCAGUGGUGCGUUACACUAAAGACCAGCGUCCCACCACCCUCCCCAUUCAACCCUUCACCUUCCACCACCAGUUCUCCAAGCCGCCCCAGCCCCUGCUUCCCCUGCUGACAGGCUACGUCUCUGGGAUGCAGGCCCGGGGUGGAGGGCCUUCUGGAGGUCCGGAGGGGGGUGAAGGCGCCAACGACCCAGGGGAAGACUCGAUGCGUUGGUGCCAGGGUAGUGGUGGUGAUGGGAUGGUGUCAGCGGUGGCUCGCCUUGGUCCUGGCUCGGUCCGGCCCUCGCCGCUGGGUAGCUAUUCCCCGGUCCGCCUCCAGGGAGCGACAUCCAGCUCAGGGACCUGUUCUACCUGUACCCCCAGCCCCCAGCCACCUCGUAGUCUCUCCUGCCCCCUCUCCACUGGGCUCCUGCCCCUUCACCAUACCCCUCCACCAGCAGCACCAKKGGCAGCUGCCCCUCUGCCACCCACACCUCCGCCCCCAACAUUGGGGGUGCAGGGUGCGGUGCCCCCCAUGUUGCCUCCGGUGCAGGGCCAGGUGCAGGGUCACCACCACCACCGUGGGACCCUGCCCACUUUACCGGCCGUUCCCCAGGACAGUGAUACUUCGCUGGGAUUCGAGGAGACGACAUUAGACUCCCUGGAGGGGAGCAGAGGACCAGGGCCCAGGACACAACAUGGUGGUCUCUCCAGCUCUUCAUCCAGCUCAGCAGUGGUGCGGUACACUAAAACACAGCGUCCCACCACCCUACCCAUUCAACCCUUACCCUUCCACCACCAGUUCUCCAAGCCGCCCCAGCCCCUGCUUCCCCUGCUGACAGGCUACGUCUUCUGGGAUGCAGGCCCGGGGUGGAGGGCCUUCUGGAGGUCCGGAGGGGGUGAAGGCGCCAACGACCCAGGGGAAGACUCGAUGCGUUGGUGCCAGGGUAGUGGUGGUGAAUGGGAUGGUGUCAGCGGUGGCUCGCCUUGGUCCUGGCUCGGUCCGGCCCUCGCCGCUGGCAGCACCACCGGCAGCUGCCCCUCUGCCACCCACACCUCCGCCCCCAACAUUGGGGUGCAGGGUGCGGUGCCCCCAUGUGCCUCCGGUGCGCCAGGGCACCACCUCUCUCCACAGACUCUGAAAUGGAGGGAGUAUCGUCGAAAGAACCCAUUAGGGGUGGAGAGGUGUUCCUUGGGGGGCUCUGCAGGGUCAGGUGAACCGCCUCUAUCAGGCAGUCUGGACGGGAACGGUCAUAGGGGCGGGGCCGGGGGUCAGCGAAUCACACGACGGAAUGUGUUUGACUUCCCUCCGGCCUCUAGUGGCCACGCCCCCCUGGGACGACUCAACGUGCCUCUGGUAAUUGACUACCUCUUUACAUUCCUCCCCCCUUCUCUCUCUACCCCUCCCUCUCCUCUCUCUCUCCCUCUCUCUCUCUGUCUCGCUCUCUCAGGUUUAGUCAAAGCCAUUAAUACAGCGGUAGAUUUAAUCGUAGCUCAUUUUGGCACCAGUCGGGAUCCCUGCAUGCAAAGCUGGGUAACCAGUUGGGUGAGUCCCAACGUGGGCCACCUGAUUCUGAAGUACCUGUGUCCGGCUUUAAGGGAGGUGCUGGGGGAUGGGCUGAAGGCCUAUGUCCUCGACCUGAUCAUAGGACAGAGACGCAACCAGCCCUGAGCCCUGGUAGAGGCCUCCACACAACUAGGCCCGUCCACCCGUGUUCUCCACAGCCUGUUCUCCAAAGAGUGUCGCCAGUACUCAGAGUUCACCAGCCACAGUAUGAGACUGAACGCAUUCGUCUUCGGACUGCUCAACUUGCGAUCUUUGGAGUUUUGGUUCAAUCACCUCUACACUCAUGAAGCACUGCACAUAGAAAGCCUUGUUCUUAUUUACUUUUGCCACGGGCGCGAGGCCAUCAACACGGGCGCGAGGACAUCAACACGGGCGCGAGGCCAUCAACACGGGCGCGAGGACAUCAACACGGGCGCGAGGCCAUCAACACGGGCGCGAGGCCAUCAACACGGGCGCGAGGCCAUCAACACGGGCGGCCUCAGUAUCUCGGAAAGUGAGGGAGGGAAGGAGGAGAGGAGGAAGGAGAGAGAGAGGGAUUGGGCGGAGGAGGGUCGUCAGCGGCAGGAGCGUGAUCGCCAGGCGUGCUGGUGGUACCAGCUCAUGCAGAGCUCCCAGGUCUACAUCGACCAAUCAGCUCAGGGGGGCUCAAAGUUUGUCAAGACUGAGAAGAGGAAGAAGUCUGCGGAGAGGCGGAGCCAGCUCCCGCCCCCCAGGGAGGGCGUGGUGGAAGGGGCGGAGUCUAGCCAGGAUGAGGAGGGUCUCAGAGAGAGAGGGAGAAGCAGGAAGAGCAGCUCCAGCUCCAGUGGUGAGUGGACGGGGUCCAGGGGAAGAGGAAGACUCUCCUGGAUGGGGAGUCCCCCAGAGUCACUGCUCACCCAGGACAAGGAGAACGAGACGGAACUGGGGGCCCCAGUGACAGGAGCACCAGAGGCCUCAGUGGCCCAGCCAGCGGCCCAGGCUGAGUGUCCCUCCCAGGGCCAGGGCAUGCGUUGGGGUAGGCUGUUUGGGUCCAGCGUAGGAGGUGGUGGCYCCCCCUCCAGGCCAGAGCAGAGAUCAGCCAAAAGUCAGAGCAGGCUGCCGUCCGGCUGGCUGACAGGUCUGGACAUGUCCGUGCUGAACUUCGUAGCUCAGACGGUGGGGGCGGGGACAGUUAAGAGGGUGGAGCCUUCAGCUCCUAUGGCCCCUCCCACUCUGAACCAACCCUCUCCACCUCUUCAGACAACACAGGAGAGCCACACCAAACAACCCUGUGAAGUGCGAGCCCUGUGCCACCACAUAGCCACGGAGCCUGACCAGCUGAGUUUCCAGAAAGGGGACGUACUGAGGGUCCUGAGCCAGGCCGACUCCGACUGGCUCCUCUGCUCCCUGGGGGCCCAGCGGGGCCUGGUGCCUUUCAUCUAUGUUACCCUGAGGGGCAUGGAGGACAGCCAGGUGCCCCAAUGGCCUCAGMGGCCACACUGACCUGACAGACUCAACUAGGGUUCCAAUAUUCUGUUUUUUCAGAAAUCACUGUUGGGAGAUUCCUGGAAUCAAGAGGAAAUAAGGAGGAAAUCUGUGUUUCCUCCAACUGGGAUUUCUGGUAAAUCUAGGGAUUUUGGGAAAGUUAGCCUGAACCGAGGGGCCACAUUAAGGAAGGGAGAGUGGGGAAAGGAGGAAAGGACUCAGAGGGUCAAAUAUGGACGUACAGUAUAUAUUGACUGGGUGGAUAAAAGACGAUGGAUACUCAUGGAGGAUGCUGAUGACUGAUUUAAAGUGUAAUUAUUGUACUGUGGGAUGAGUACGAAACACAGACAGAUACAGACACACACACACACACACAGACACACACACACACACACACACACAAAGAAACAGAUGUAAACAUCUGUAUGUACAUAUACAUAUACACACACAGGGCGAACAAACAGACUUCUCUACGCAUGCAUCUACACUAAACUCAUGCAUGCAUCAUUCAA